UUUUUCCCCACUCUACUUAGAGCAUUCACAGCGGCUCGUCCGCUUGUGUGAAGACCAGAUGGCAUGCGUUGGAGGUUAAUUUAGAACUUACCAAAUCGACCACAUCCACAAGUCUGUAUGUAACAAAUUCAUCCAUUAAAAAUUAACCUUUGAAAGUUGUACACUUAUUACACUGCAGUCUAUAAAUGCAGGUCGCACCCUCUCUACAUCACCCAAAUCUUUCUCCACCUUAAAAAUGAGUUCUUGUUGUGAACAAAACACAAAUGUUCUUCUAGUUACUCUUUCAGCUCAAGGUCACCUAAACCCCAUCCUAAGACUAGGCAAAAGUCUUGUUUCUAAAGGCCUCCAUGUCACUCUUGCCACCAACAGUUCUACCCUCAAAAACAUGUCCUCUGCCCCGAAUUCCACCGGCGGCAUCCACCAUGAGUUCUUCUCCGAUGGUCUACCUAUCGACUACAAUCGAAAGGCUAAUAUGGAUCACUACAUGGAUACGCUAAGCAAGUUUGGACCCGUUAACCUCUUGGCUCUAAUCCAAUCCCAUCCAAGCAAAUUUGCAUGCAUCAUCCAUACACCUUUUGUUCCGUGGGUAUCUGAUGUGGCAGCUGACGUUAAUCUUCCCAACGCCAUGUUGUGGAUCCAACCAUCCACUCUAUACCAAAUAUACCAUCGUUUCUACAACCGUCUCGAUGAUUUCCCAACCGAAAGUAACCCGGACAUGAGCGUUAAGCUGCCCGGACUGCCCGUAUUUCAUGCGGAUGAGUUACCCUCGUUUGUUCUUCCAUCAAACACGUUCCGUAGCUUUGAUAGUAUACUAAAACAAGUGUUUCAUAACAUGCAUAAGGUGAAGUGGGUGCUGGGGAACUCGUUCAUGGAGCUCGAAAAAGACGUGAUUGUAUCGCUAAAUAAUGGUGGCCAUGUGUUCUGGCCUGUAGGACCAUUAGUUCCGGCAACCCUUCUGGGCAAAGAAGAAGAUGACGAUCUUUUCAAAUCAAAUGAAGAUAGUAACUGUAUGGAAUGGCUAAACAAACAAAAACCCUCUUCAGUUGUUUACAUCUCGUUCGGGACACUCUUGUUUUUGUCCGAAAAAGAUAUAAAGAACAUAGCAGCCGGUUUAAAAUCCACAAACCGGCCGUUUCUAUGGGUGAUAAGAAUGCCGGAGAAUAAAGAGCUACCCGAAUACGGGUUCUUGGAUGAGAUUAAAGAACAAGGGUUGAUAGUGAGUUGGAGCCCACAAACACAAGUGUUAUCACAUCCGGCAGUUGGGUGUUUCUUGAGUCACUGUGGGUGGAACUCGUUGCUCGAAAGCGUGGUGGCUGGUGUGCCGGUUAUUGCUUGUCCGCAGUGGACGGAUCAGCCAACGAAUGCUAAGCUGGUGACGGAUGUUUGGGGUGUUGGUGUGAAGCUGAAGAAGGAUUCAGAUGGUGGUUUUAGUGGGGAUGAAGUGGGAAGAUGUGUGGAAGAGGUUAUGAGUGGGUUGAAAUCGGAAGUGAUAAGGAAGAAUGCGUUGGAGUUGAAAGCGGCGGCGCGUGAGGCGUUGAUGAAUGGUGGUUCAUCGGAUAAUAAUAUCCGGAUGUUUGUGGAUGAAGUUGUUUCGUUUUGUUCAUGUGCGGAACACAAAUAAAUAUCGCUGUUAUUGUGAAAUGUAAUUUUUAUCUGUUUUGAAAAGAAUAUUUUAAGUGAAUAUUUUAUGUAUUUUCGAAUGUUUGAACAUGGAUUUUAUAUCAACUCA